GGCGAGGUUCAUCACGAUGGGGGGGAAACGCGCCUUGCUGUCGUAUUACAUAAUCACAUAAUGACUGGACCCCUUUCUAAAAAGGCGACCUCGGACUCUCUCACAUUGUCUCAUCACCUCCUCCUCCAUCCAGACAAAUCGAUAGCAUCCGGCCAAGGAACCGCCCAGCAUGUCGGCAUCCAUAGUAGCGCAGCUCAGAGAAGCUGUCUGCAGAUCCUACCCUUCCCAAUGGUGUCAAGCCUUCUUCCUCCUGUCCGCCGGCAUCGUCCUCUCCAUGCAGCUCAUCCCCGAGGAAGCGCGGCGGGCCCUUCUGGACUACGGGCCCCGAACAGCGCAGACUUCGAACAGCAGCGGCGACGGAGGCGGCGCGACGGCAAAAGCGGAGGCGAAGGACGCGGGUUUCGGUAGUGGUCUUGUGGGCAUCAUGGUCCGAACCCUCGCGCUGCUGGGCCACACGCCGCACGCGUGGUUCCGCCAUUUCUACGUCGCGUCCGUGGCGUCCUCGGCCUUUUGGGCGGGCCAGUUCGCCGUGCGGGGAGCAGUGCUGCGGACGCUGGCGACGUGGCAGGCAGGGCGGACCCCGUCGGCGUCUUCGAUGAGUCUGGAGCAGGUGCGGGUGGUGUGGGCGCUCAUGGCACUGCAGGGUGCGAGGAGGCUUUACGAAUGUGCGGUCGUUAUGAAGCCUUCGUCUCAGUCUCAGAUGUUGUCCAUUCACUGGUUGUUGGGGUUAGCGUUCUACUUGAACAUGGGAAUCGCGGUCUGGAUUGAAGGAUCUCAGUCGAUUCUGGACCCCCCAGACCAUCUAGAAGCCGCGUCUCUAUUAAGAUCUCCUAGUCGCGUGCUCGGUUUGUCUCUCUUCGGGUUUGCAUGGCGGCAACAACAUGUGUGCCACAAGUAUCUGGCCAGCCUCAAGAAGUACACGCUCCCGGACCACGGCUUGUUUCGACAUAUUGUAUGCGCUCAUUACACCUGCGAGUGCCUCAUCUACCUCGGCCUAGCAAUGGUCGCUGCGCCGCCGGGACAGUGGCGCAAUCGGACGUUGUGGAGUGGGCUCAUAUUCGUCGCCGUCAACCUCGGCAGCACCGCCAACGGCACCCAGAAAUGGUAUGCACAAAAGUUCGGAGCCGACAAGGUGGCGGGCAAAUGGAGGAUGAUUCCGUAUAUCUUCUAAAUACGGUUCACUACGUCUCGAAGGCAGCUUACAAGGGCGGAGUUGGCAGUCGGCAGAUUCUCAUCGCCGUGGCUUUCCAAGCAGAGAAAACUUGGGCCCGAGCUUGGUCACUUUCAUCACGUCGCGAUACGUCAGACUAGUGCGCGUUCCCCGCACAUUGCGGCCGCCAGUGAACAUGUCCGGGGAUCGCAAGAGGUCCCAGUUGGCCACAGUCUCGGCA